UUCCGGUCCAGCGCCAUCCGCUUCCGGGUCAGGCUGCGGCGCCUGCUCUCCGCUUCUACUGUAGGUGCCGCGCUGUCGGCGUUCGCGGCUCCUGGAAAAGCCCGAGCCGCGACCCCGCCGGCCUGAGCGCUGCGCUGCCCGGAACCGCCUCUCAGAGGAGACCCGGGGCGGGGUCGCGCCUCGGGCCUCCGCUGCGGUCCCUGGCAGGCGGGAGCCGGCGCUGCGGGGCCUGCGGCGGAGCGCGACACCCCUCCCCGGCCGCCCUGUCUACCUUGCCGGGGAAGGCGGAAGAUGCCAGUGAAGAAGAAGAGAAAAGCUCCCGGAGUGGCAGCGGCGGUCGCGGAAGACGCGGGCCUCAAAAAGUGUAAAAUCCCCAGCUAUUGCAGAUCCCAGCCUCCUGCUAGACUCAUCAGUGGAGAGGAAGAUUUUUCAAGAAAGAAGUGCCUGGCUUGGUUUUAUGAGUAUGCAGGUCCUGAUGAAGUUGUAGGGCCAGAAGGAAUGGAAAAAUUUUGUGAAGACAUUGGUGUUGAACCUGAAAAUAUUAUUAUGUUAGUUUUAGCGUGGAAAUUGGAGGCUGAAAGCAUGGGAUUUUUUACCAAGGAAGAAUGGUUAAAGGGAAUGACCUCAUUACAGUGUGACUGCACAGAAAAGUUACAGAGCAGGUUUGAUUUUCUGCGCUCUCAGCUGAAUGACAUCUCAUCUUUUAAGAAUAUCUACAGAUAUGCCUUUGAUUUUGCAAGGGAUAAAGAUCAGAGAAGCCUUGAUAUUGAUACUGCGAAGUCUAUGUUAGCUCUGCUGCUUGGGAGAACAUGGCCACUCUUUUCAGUAUUUUACCAGUACCUGGAGCAAUCAAAGUAUCGUGUUAUGAACAAAGAUCAGUGGUACAAUGUAUUAGAAUUCAGCAGAACAGUUCAUGCCGAUCUUAGUAACUACGAUGAAGAUGGUGCUUGGCCUGUUCUUCUUGAUGAAUUUGUUGAGUGGCAAAAAAUCCGUCAAACAUCAUAGCAAGAGCUGUCGUGAAGGCAAUGCAAACCUUGUGAAGACAAUGCAGAGAGGAGGCAGAGUACAGAAAGGGUGCAUUUUCACGAAAGACUUCUCAUAGUACUUCUUUUCCUUUUUUUUAAAGGAAGUUUUCUUGUUACAUGUGAUGGGCAUUGAGCCACAUGUCUUCUGAGACUGAAUAUUGACCUUUUUGUUUCAAGUUAUGUUUUUAACAUUUAUUUCAGAACAAUAAAGAUUCAGAUUUGUGACAAAGGCCUUAAAGUGA